ACUUCUCUCCCUCUCUCUCUCUCUCCCUGUCUCUCUCUCUCUCUCUAUCUAUUUUUCCCGAGAAAAUUUUAGUAUGAACCACAUUUUCCUGGAAAACCUCUAAAUAUAACUUUCUCUUCAAUUGCUAUUUUUAUACAAUGGCAGCUGUGACUUCGUUUUUCUCAGCACCAAGUCAGUGUUCUGAAAGAAAAGCAAUCGUUUCGUCUGCUCGUACUUUUGCUGCGAAUUCUGAAGGGUUUCGGUUCCGUACGAGCUUUUCGUGUCACUAUGUGGGCGUUCGAACUUCGGCUUCGAGUUCUCGUAUGGUUAUUCAUUGCAUGUCCGCCUCCACAGAACCAGCAACAGUAGCUGAGACGAAGUUGAAUUUCCUCAAAGCGUAUAGGCGACCAAUUCCUAAUGUCUACAACAAUGUUCUGCAGGAGCUGAUUGUCCAGCAACAUUUGAUGAGGUACAAGAGAACAUACCGUUAUGACCCCGUGUUUGCCCUUGGUUUUGUUACUGUGUAUGAUCAACUCAUGGAAGGAUACCCUAGUGAUGAGGAUCGAGAGGCCAUCUUCCAAGCAUACAUAAAAGCACUGAAGGAGGACCCGGAGCAAUAUAGAACUGAUGCACAAAAGUUGGAAGAGUGGGCUCGGGCUCAGACUGCCAGUUCAUUAGUUGAGUUUCCAACCAGAGAAGGAGAAGUUGAGGGGAUAUUAAAGGACAUUGCAGAAAGAGCCGGUGGUAAGGGAAGUUUCUGCUACAGCCGUUUCUUUGCUGUUGGGCUCUUUCGUCUUCUUGAGUUGGCAAAUGCAACUGAACCCACAAUUUUAGAAAAGCUUUGUGCAGCCUUGAAUGUUAACAAAAGAAGUGUGGAUCGGGACCUUGAUGUAUAUCGCAAUCUCCUUUCCAAGCUGGUUCAGGCAAAAGAGCUACUAAAAGAAUAUGUGGAUAGGGAGAAGAAAAAAAUAGUGGAGCGGGCAGAAGAAGCGCAGAAGGCUAGUGAGGCCGUCAGAAAAUGUUUGGGGGAGUACAGUAUGCAAGCCACAGCAGAUUUUGUACUGCUUCCUCCAAUUGCAAAUGACCCUCUGUGAAGCUUCAGACCACUAAUUUGGUUUUUAGUGGUUUUAAGGUAGAGUUGGGGUUUUUCACAGUUCAGGCAUCUUUUAUCAGCUGGUUAGUUGGCAUUUUUUGUGUAUUGUUGGGAAUGGUGAUAUAGCUACAUCAUAUAUUUCUCCUCUUAUAUAUUAUCCUUUUUUUUUUUUGCUUACUCCAAAUGUAUUUGAUAAUUCAUAAUUGUAAUACUCAAAAUGCAUAUAAUAGCUA